UCACAGGACUUGGACUGCAAAGCCAUGCCAAAGCACCUUAGUCGCAUGAUUGUGCACUUCUCGAUAGACCUGCACCGGGAGCUGUUGAAGUCUAAGGACAAACGCAAUAAUACCGUCUAUUCGCCGUACAGCAUUGCGACAGGCCUUUCCAUGGCUCUCGCCGGAGCGCGUGGCAACACCGCUGAAGAGCUCCUGUCCGUGAUACGAACAAAGGAUGACAAUGUACACGAUAAGUUUGCGUCCUUUCUACCGAAGCUAUCGAGUCAAAAGCUGCAGUUUUACGUCGCCAACAGAAUCUACAGCGACCUCAAGUUUCCUGUCAUUGAUGAGUGCGCGGUCUUCCUGAACACUACGUACUCGUCCACCAUCGUGUCCGUGGACUUCCAGAACAAAAGCGAAAGCGUCAGAGUCGAGAUCAACGACUGGAUCAAGGAAGCCACCGAGUCCAAGAUAACGGAGAUCCUGGCUCCUGGAAGUGUGGGCCCUACGACCAGCGUGAUCUUGGUGAACACCAUAUAUUUCCGCGGUCUCUGGGAGUCACCGUUUCCGGCCGACAAGACGUCGCGUCGAGAUUUCAACGUGAACGCUACUACCAAAGUGCAGGUGGACAUGAUGUGCCUGAAACAGGAUUUCGCCAUCGCGCACAGCGACGAGCUCGCGGUCAGGGCCCUCGAGAUGCCUUACAAAGGCGGCAGGGCAUCCAUGGUCCUACUGCUACCGGACGCCAUCGACGGGCUGUCGUAUCUGGAGCAUCACCUAUCGCAUCACAAGCUGUCGGCGAUCUUGGCGGAUCUCAAGGAGACACCGAACGUCCAACUGAGCAUGCCCAAGCUCUUGCUACAGCAGAGUUUCUCUCUGAAGAACACCCUCAUGGCACUGGGGAUCCAUGACCUGUUCUCGGAGAAAUGCGACCUCUCCGGCAUGUUCAAGACGGGAAGUCCUUCUGUGUCCGACAUAAUCCACAAGGCGUACCUGCAGGUGGAUGAAGAAGGCACGGAGGCCGCUGCGGCCACCGCUGUUGUGGGGGUCGGGUGUUCCGUCCCAGCUGCGGCGCAGACAACGGAGUUUGUGGUCGACCAUCCGUUCAUGUUGUUCGUAUUGAGGGGCAAAUCCGAUAUGUUGCUGUUUAUGAGCUCCGUGCGAAAUCCUUGA